AGUGGUGCACAACAUGUCGCCGUGCAGCAGAGUUGUGUGUUACUUUGUGCUGUUGCUGGGUUCUGUCGUUUUCAGCUCUGCGGACGUGGACCCCGAGUUACGACGCACGAAUCCGCAUAAGCCAGUCAGGCUCUUCACCGACGAGGACCUGGCAAACUACAAUGGGGAACAGGCGGAUCAGCCCAUAUACAUGGCAGUAAAGGGAGCUGUGUUUGAUGUUUCAGCUGGAAAAGAGUUCUAUGGAAAGGGAGCUCCAUAUAAUGCACUGGCGGGAAAGGACUCUACACGUGCUGUGGCCAAGAUGUCUCUGGAACCAGAAGAUCUUAUUUCUGACACGACCGGCCUCACCGAGGAACAGCUGAAGUCUCUAGACGACAUCUUUGAGAACGUGUAUAAGAAAAAAUACCCAAUUGUCGGCUACACCGCCCAGCGCAUCCUGAAUGAAGACGGCAUCCCCAACUCGGGCUUUAAACCCGAGGAUCAACCGCACUUCAAGAUCAAAGAUGAAUUUUAAAGAACUUGAAUACUGAUAAAGAAAAUAUUUGCCUUGGGGUUGUGGUGUGCUAAAAAACAGGGGCGGGUUCUUUUAAUGAAACUGCGCGCUCUUGUCCGUGGUAUUGCAGCUUAGCCUAAUUCACUCAAAAGCUGCAGUAGCAGACACGGCCUGCGGACAAUUGUGGCGCUGUUUCUUUUAAAGAAGCCAAUUUUUUUGUUUAAAGGGGUUGUCCACAAUUAUUUAAAUAUUAGAUUUUUUUUUCUUUCCUUCUUCUAUCAGUCUGAGUAUUAUAACAUAGGAGUAACAAACCAUAGAGUUUACAGGGUUUAGACAGUUAUAUAUACCUGUCUUCUGGUUCGGAGGGAGAAGGCAUGUUCAGCUUACAUCAGGAAAGGGAACUACCAAAGGCACCCUAAGGGUCAUGCACCCGAGCGUAUUUUUUUGUCCGUCCCGUUUUGUUUUAUUUUUUUGCGUGUCAUAUGCGGAACCAUUCAUUUCAAUGGGUCCGCAAAAAAACGGAAAUGACUCAGUGUCCGCAUGUCCGUUCCGCAAAAAUGA